AGUCAGUUUCGCCUGUAGUGUUUUGUGUUGUGAGUUUGUUCCUCUGAAAGCUACUUGUAUUUCCACAUUAAUGUUUGUAAUUAGUUUGAUAAACAUUAAACUAACUUAAUUAAGGUUACCAUGGUGUAUUAGACUAUUUUAACACACAGUUGAAAGGUUAAUGACCAUGUUUCAUAGAAAAGUUCUGCAGAGGCUGCUCCAGCAUAAAAGAAGCAGUUUUUGUUUGACUCCUACGUUUGGAAAAGCAUCCUGCUCCAGAUUAGUUUUGGGUAUUGAGACAAGCUGCGAUGAGACUGGAGCUGCUGUGAUGGACGAGAAUGCUUCAAUACUGGGGGAGUCUCUACAUUCACAGAAAGAAGUUCACCUGAGGACUGGUGGCAUCAUCCCCACGGUGGCCCAGCAGCUCCACAGAGAACACAUCGGGCGUGUGGUGCAGGAGGCUCUGGAGCGGAGCGGCGUGACUCCGGCUCAGCUCUCCGCUGUGGCCACCACGGUGAAGCCAGGCUUGGGCCUGUGCCUGCGCGUCGGCCUCGAGUUCAGUCAGAGGUUUGUGAGGCAGCACGACGUCCCGUUCAUCCCCAUCCACCACAUGGAGGCUCACGCCCUGACGGUGAGGAUGCUGCAGCCCGUCUCCUUCCCCUUCCUGGUUCUACUCAUUUCUGGCGGUCACUCGCUUCUCGCUGUGGCUCGCGGAGUCGAUGACUUUCUGCUUUUAGGUCACACACUGGAUGAAGCUCCAGGAGACACACUAGAUAAAGUGGCUCGGCGUCUGUCCCUCAUAAAACACCCUCAGUGCUCCACACUGAGUGGGGGACAAGCCAUAGAGCUUCUGGCAAAGGAGGGCGAUGGGACGAGGUUUCCCUUCAGGACGCCUAUGGGACAAACGUACGACUGCUGCUUCUCUUUCGCUGGAAUACGGAACCAAAUAUCGAUGGCGAUAAUGAAAGAGGAGGCGAAGGAAGGCGUACAACAAGGGACGCUGCUGAAAUGUGCACGAGACAUUGCAGCCGCCGCACAGCACACGGUCGCCUGUCAUCUCGCCAAGCGCACGCAUCGCGCCAUCUUGUUCUGUAAAGCGCACAACCUGCUGCCGUCAAACAACCCCAUCUUAGUGCUGUCUGGAGGAGUUGCGAGCAACCAGUACAUCCGCAAGGCUCUGACAAUUAUCACGGAGACGACUGGUCUGCACCUGCUCUGUCCUCCUGCCAAAUUCUGCACCGACAACGGAGUGAUGAUUGCAUGGAACGGUGUUGAGCGUUUGAGAGAGGGGAAAGGGAUCCUGCCUCCAGACGUGAAUGUCCUCUAUGAACCAAAGGCACCUCUGGGGGUUGAUAUUACACAGGAGGUGAAAGCUGCAGCGAUCAAGUUGCCAUCAGUCAGGAUGAAGAUCAACAACUGACACCUCCGUCUUUGUUUUGUCACUUUGAGGUUUUCUGAAUGUAGAAUAUCUGAAAUGUGCUGCUAUUUAUAAAUAAAUGUGUUUUAAUUUUUAAACUA